AGCAGCUCCCUUUCUCUUCCUCACUCUCGACCUGUCGUUGCCGUCCUCGAUCUUGCCCUUCCUCAACAUCGUCUGAUUCAUCACUUCAAGACCAAGACUUACCCCUAAAGAGCUCUUGCUGGCCUGCCUUAUUGCCUCCUUCGGCUCAUUUCUGGGCCAACAUCUCCACUCAAGUGCACACUCACUCCGCCCUCCGGUGAAAAGGGCACGAGCCAACGAAGCGCCACUUAACAAUCUCCUUUCGCAACGCAUUCGGCCAGCGAGCUCGCUCCCCUUCUUUCACUUGAAAAAGCCCAUUCUUGUGUCACUGUCACGAUCACAACAGCCUUCUCUCGUCACUGCUAGCACAUACCGUCCUCAUCUCCAUCCACGGACAGAAGAUGACGUCAACGCAGCAACAGCAGCAGCAGCAAGCUGUCCAGCAUGCGGCAUUCAACGUCGGGGCAACAUAUCAGGUCGUCGACGUGGUUGGAGAAGGCGCAUACGGUGUCGUCUGCUCCGCAAUCCACCUUCCUUCACAGACCCGCGUAGCCAUCAAGAGGAUAACGCCCUUUGACCACUCAAUGUUCUGCUUGCGCACCUUGCGAGAGAUCAAGCUGCUACGUCACUUCAAUCACGAGAAUAUCAUCUCUAUCCUGGAUAUCAUCAGGCCGACGAACCUCGAGACCUUCUCCGAGGUGUAUCUCAUUCAGGAACUCAUGGAAACAGACAUGCACCGAGUCAUCCGCACACAAGAGCUCUCGGACGAUCACUGCCAGUACUUCAUCUACCAGACCCUGCGAGGCCUCAAGGCUCUGCAUUCAGCGCAAGUCUUGCAUCGAGACUUGAAGCCGUCCAAUCUGCUGUUGAAUGCCAAUUGCGAUCUGAAGAUCUGCGACUUUGGCCUCGCGAGGAGCGCAAAUCAGCCUGAGGCUGAGGGGACGGGAUUCAUGACUGAGUACGUGGCCACGAGGUGGUAUAGGGCGCCGGAGAUCAUGUUGACUUUCAAGGAGUAUACCAAGGCAAUCGACGUCUGGUCCGUCGGCUGCAUCCUGGCAGAGAUGCUCUCAGGCAAGCCUCUCUUCCCAGGUCGUGACUACCACCAUCAACUCUCCCUCACCCUCGAAAUCCUUGGCACCCCCUCGCUGGACGACUUCUACGCAAUCUCCUCGACGCGCUCCCGAGACUACAUUCGUGCCCUCCCCUUCAGAAAGCGACGCAACUUCUCUCAGAUGUUUCCCAACGCCAAUCCGCUAGCCGUGGACCUGAUGGAGCGCUGUCUGACCUUCUCGCCACGCAAGCGCAUCACGGUGGACGAAGCGCUCGCUCACCCUUACUUGGAGCCCUACCACGAUCCAGAGGACGAGCCGACCGCUGAGCCGCUGGACCCGAGCUUCUUCAGCUUUGACUAUUCAAAGGAGCAGCUCAGUCGGGGGCAGUUAAAGGAGUUGAUUUAUGUGGAGUGUACGAGGUGAGCGGGCCAUGACAGGCUGAUGGUCAAGGGCCGGGCUGUCACCCACUUCAUCUCACAAAGCGGGGCAGCCGGUCCUGCCUCUCAUGCCCAUUCGUCCUCCUGUGUGGAUCCACUCUUCUCUGCUUUCUCUCAACUCGAUACCUCAUGCUGCCGUCC